AUGUCACUUUUCAGUAGGAAUAAAACCUUCUAUAAGCAGAGCCCGGCUUAUCACAGAGGGCCUAACACUGGUACCAGGAGCUAUCAUGGGAUCACGCCUCCCAUCAGCGAGGCUUUUCCCAAGGAGAGAGACCUGGUUAAGACCAAGGCGUUGGUCAAGGAGCUGACGUCCUUUGAGAUUUUUGAAGGCAACGUGGAGCGCCAGCACCGGGAGAAAGUCAUCAAGAAACUGGAGUCUCUCUUCAAAGAGUGGCUCACAGAAACAUGCAUCAGUAUGAACCUGCCGCAGGUUGUAACUGAUCAUGUUGGAGGUAAGAUCUUCCCAUUUGGAUCUUACCAUCUUGGAGCUCACUCCAAAGGCGCUGACAUCGAUGCCCUCUGCAUUGGGCCAGAAUUCGUGGCAAGAAAGGAGUUUUUCACCUCGUUCUCUGAAAAACUGAAAGCCCAGAAAGAGGUGAAAGACCUUCUGGCCAUCGAAAGCGCCUUUGUGCCGGUGAUGAAGCUCACGUUUGAUGGAAUUGAGAUGGACCUAAUUUACGCCUGUGUUCAACAGAGGAGUGUCCCUGAAAACAUAGACCUCCUCGAUGACAACAUUUUGGCGGGCGCCGAGAAAGAAUGCGUGAGGAGUCUCAACGGAUAUCGGGUCACAGAGGAGAUCCUCCGAAGUGUACCCAACGUUUUUACGUAUCGGCUGACUCUGAGGGCAAUCAAACUGUGGGCCAAACGUCGCAACAUUUAUUCCAACAAGCUUGGCUUCCUCGGCGGCGUUUCCUGGGCCAUAAUGGUGGCAAGAGUUUGCCAGUUACACCCCAAUGCAUCAGCAUCCACCCUGGUGCAUGAAUUUUUCAAAGUUUUCAGCAUGUGGAAGUGGCCAAUCCCAGUCAAGCUGAAAAGAACUGUGGACCAGGGUUUCAACCUUCCUACCUGGGACCCCAAGAAUAACAAAGCUGAUCGCACCCACCUGAUGCCGAUCAUCACCCCGGCGUACCCGGAGCAGAAUUCCACUUUCAAUGUAUCCUGCUCCACUUUAGCAAUCAUAACAGAAGAGCUAAAGAGAGGGUGCGCCAUCACUGAAGCGAUUCAGGUCGGCAAAGAGGAGUGGUCCAAACUUUACGAAACAUCAGAGUUUGUGAAUCUAUACCAACAUUUUGUUAAGGUGGAGUUAACAUCAGCAACAAAGGAGCAGCACCCUAAAUGGGUUGGACUCGUGGAGUCUAAGAUCCGACACCUGGUGCGGACCUUGGAGAGGAUCCCAUACAUUUAUUGGGCCCACGUCAACACGCAGUCCUAUGCUGGUCCUGAAAGCAGCGAUGGAAAAACCACCACAUAUUGGCUCAUUGGACUCGCCCUCAACAUGGCCUUUUACCAGUCCAGGGAGGUCAACCUGUACCGAGAGCUGAAACCGCUGAGGUGUCAUGUUUACAAUCUGACCCAAACCACCAACAUGACAGAGAAUGGGGUGACUCUGUCAUCGAAAUACUUCGUGAGGCAGCAGCACACAAGGAGGCCCCCUCAUUCAGUAAACAGGGUUUUUAGGCCAGGGGGACCCACUGGAACACCACAGGUUUCAUCAGCAGCUUCAUGCAGCUCUGUCACACCAGCCAUGCCAGGAAAAAGCUGGACUAAACCCCUCGCUCAGAAGAGGGGAGCUGACCAGAGCUCAUUUUCGACAACAAGCUGCCCGUCUGCCUCAGCCUCGGUGGUGCCACAGGGCACAAAGCGGCCUCUUCCGGUACAAGCUGAAUCUUCAGCCAAGAAACCCAAGACUGAAGAAAAGCGCACCUGUCCUGUGUCUUCUCUGGCCACCACAACCCAAAAGGCUGUAAACUCUGGUCCCUCUCAGAGCACAAAGAGACCUUGCAGCUCUGAGCCUGGACCCCAAAGCAAAAAGCCCAAACCUGACCCUACCGUCCCUGGUGACAGGCUCUGUGACCAGCCCUCCAGCCUCUCAGCACCUGGCUUACCUGUCCAGCGCAACAUCACGUUCAGGUUUGCAAGAGGAGGCCCGGUGGAUGUGUACUGUUAUGUUGCUGUGAGUGAUCUGACCAGCGCGGUGGAGGAGAGGUGUCAUGGCCGACAGACUCACUGA